AUGUCUACAACAUACCAUUCAAUAUUUUAUCUCCAUUAACUUGGAACUAGUUGAAGGAUUCUGGUGUUAUGAUGAUACAUUGAGCCACAUGGUGUAGUGUUUGACUUCCUGUUCAGCAUAAUGACAUCUGUGUGGAGUUUGCACAGGUUUACAUUGUGUACUGCAGCCUUUCGUUACUAUCUAGAAACGUGUCCCAGCAAUGAGCUGGUGACCUUUCCAGGGUGUUCCCUGUCUUUGGCUCCAAGUCAGCUGGAUUAGCUUCAGUCUUGAUCUCAAACCUUAACAGGAUAAAUGGUGGUGUACUCACAGGUAAUUACUGUUGUUGUUUUGAUUUGGUAAUUUUUUCUAAUUUCACAGGACAUACAGCAUAACAACAGAUAUUUUACUUAUUUGAAAUAUUACUUUUAUUCUCCUUUGAAUUCUCUGUAAGUUUCCCACAGGCCCCUGAGAAAAUGCUCUGCCAAAUUCUGCUCAUUGUCAUUCCCCACGUUUCUCAGACGGUGGUGCUGUUACGUCAUUGCACUGUGUUAAAGGGACCCCUGCUCUAUAACUGCAACAUGCCUUUGUCAUAAAGGGUUCAGUGUUGAGAAGGGCCUGGGUCUGACUUGUUAUGUAAUUUCAGUCACUUUUCCACAUUCAGGUCACGAGACAUGAACUGACUGAGGUCAGUCAUGCUGAUCUGAUAUUGUUGCUCAAUGCUCAAUGAGAAGGAUGAGGACAGAAAUUGGGCCAAAGGAAUGUGGACCUCUGCAGAUGAGAAGGCAAAUAAGUGUCUGUCUCGUCUUCAGGGGAGUCAGCAGUGUGGUGCGCCGCUGCAUCGACAAACAGACGUCGCAAGAAUAUGCAGUGAAAAUUAUUGACAUCACCCCCUCGGACAAAACGACCCCUCAGGAGAUCGAGGAGAUCAGAGCGGCAACAGUGAAGGAGAUUGACAUCCUGAAGAAAGUCUGCGGACAGGACAACAUCAUCCAGCUUAAAGACUGCUUCGAGUCCAAAGCCUUCUUCUUCUUGGUUUUUGACCUGAUGAAGAAGGGAGAACUCUUCGACUACCUCACAGAGAAAGUUACCCUGAGUGAAAAGGAAACCAGGAAGAUCAUGCGUGCUCUGCUGGAAGUGGUGAAAGUUCUUCAUGCUCAGAACAUAGUCCACCGGGACCUGAAGCCAGAGAACAUUCUUCUAGAUGAUGACACGAACAUCAAACUGACCGACUUUGGCUUUGCAGUGCAAAUGCACCAAGAACAGAAGCUGAAGGAGAUUUGUGGGACACCAGGCUACCUGGCUCCUGAGAUCAUCGAGUGCUCCAUGGAUGCUAAACAUGAAGGAUACGGAACUGCUGUGGACAUAUGGAGUUCGGGGGUGAUCAUGUACACGUUACUCGCUGGCUCCCCGCCCUUCUGGCACAGGAAGCAGAUGCUGAUGCUGCGUAUGAUCUUGGCUGGUACAUAUGACUUCUCAUCUGCAGAGUGGGACGACCGCUCAGACACUGUCAAAGAUUUGAUUUCUCGGAUGUUGGUGGUGGACCCAAAGCAGCGCUGCACAGCUGUUGAUGCCCUCAGUCAUCCAUUCUUUUCACAAUACGUGGUGGAUGAAGUACGACAGUUCAGUCCAUACAGAAGAUUCAAGGUCAUUUGCAUGACAGUACUCGCCACAAUGAGAAUCUACUGCAACUACCGCCGUGCCAAGCCCAUUACCAAGGAGGUAAUCAUGAGUGACCCCUACGCUCUCAAGCCCCUCCGUAAACUCAUCGACGCCUGCGCAUUUAAGAUCUACGGCCACUGGGUCAAAAAGGGCCAGGCUCAAAACAGAGCAGCGCUGUUUGAGAACACUCCCAAAGCCAUCCUGCUCUCCAUAGCUUCAGACGUAGACGAGCCCAUGCGGCACAUCUGGUAACAAGCACCACCUCCUUUUUUGUACUCUUCUCCCUCCCCCAUGUUGUUAUGUCAUAAAAAAUGUUGUAACAU